UCGUUCUUCCUUCCAUGGAUAUUCAAUUAAAACCAACAUACCACCAAGAAUCAUGCGAUAAGUCUAAUCUAGGCUUGUAUGCAAAGGUUUUAUCAGCCAUUUGCCAUUUAUUGUGUUAUUGAUUGUGUACGUGGAAAGGUAGUUCAUAAUUGUAACAUCGCAAAUUCCCGAUAGAGUGUUCCACCAAUAAAAUGCCGCCAAAAAAUGAUCCAGAGCUCUUAGCUUUGCGUAAAGAGCUGGAGGACCUUUAUAAUAAUCUCAAGGAAGCGCAAAAUAAGGUGGCAGACACAUCUCUUGAAAAAGAGUGCGAGGGUGUUUCUGAUGCCCCGAAGGUCAAAAUCAGCACCAAGAAGCUCAUGAAGGGCCAUUUGAACAAGGUUAAUUCUGUCCACUAUAGUGGUGAUAGUCGACAUUGCGUCACUGGUUCUCUUGAUGGUAAAUUGAUAAUCUGGGACACUUACACAGGAAACAAAAUGCAGAUCAUACCUUUGCGUUCUGCUUGGGUGAUGAGUGUGGCCUACGCUUUUUCAGGAAACUUCGUAGCCUGCGGUGGCAUGGAUAAUAUGUGUACAGUUUACGAUUUGAACAACAGGGACAGCUCAGGGGUGGCCAAAAUGGUAAGGGAGUUAGCUGGUUAUGACGGUUUCCUGAGUUCUUGCAGAUUCAUUGACGAUAAACAUAUCAUAACUGGAUCUGGUGACAUGAAACUAUGUCAGUGGGACUUGGAAACUGGAAGGAAAUUAUCGGACGUGAUAGCUCACAAUGGUGAUGUUGUGUCGAUCAGUCUAGGACCAGAAGGAAGUAACAUGUUUGUUACUGGAAGCGUUGACAAAACAUGCAGGCUGUGGGAUUUGAGAGAUCAGAAACAACCAAAACAAACAUUUUUUGGCCAUGAAGCUGACGUCAAUUCAGUUUGUUUCCAUCCUAGCGGCUUUGCCUUCGUGACAGGCUCCGAAGAUAAAUCAGCAAGGAUGUUCGACAUCAGGGCAGAUCAACAAAUUGCACUUUAUAAGCCACCAUCCCCAAAUAGUGCCUUCACAUGUUGUGCUCUAUCUUUGAGCGGUAGGAUUUUGAUGUGUGGGUCCGAUGAUCAUAACGUUCAUAUGUGGGAUACUUUGAAGAACCAGCAUAAUGGUACACUCUCAGGUCAUGAAAACCGUAUCACUUCUAUAUCUGUUGCUGCUAAUGGUAUUGGUAUGGCCAGUUGUAGCUGGGACCAAACUGUUCGAGUAUGGGGUUAAAUGGAUUAACGUGGUUUUCACGAUGUGAGAAAGAACCUAUAAACAGGAGCUCCUAUAUCAGUAAAUCAAACUGCUAAUAUUAUUCAGUUGAUUCAAUCAUUCACAAUAAAUGAUGAUUAUAUUUUUAAUUAGAUGUAGGUUGAAACAUCAAAACUGUAUUUUUUAUAUAAGAUAAUGAAGAACAUAAAUUUUAAUAUUACAUAAAGGUUUCAAAACAUGUUCAAUGCUAUUUUCAUUAAAUAUGUAGUGGAAUUUCAAUAGCAAAUGAAUAAAUUGUUCAUAUU